AUAUAUAAAUUAAAUAAAUGUCAGUUAAACUCAUUUUUGAAAAAGUUAGAAUAAUUUCGACAUAAAAUAAUUGAAAUUACAAAGUUGAAAGCGUUUUAAAGAGAAACGAUAUGGAGUAUUUGUUGGAGCACCAACAGCUGACAAGUGACAAGCCGGCUCUCCCGAUGUGUGCCACAAAUUUAGUCGAACUCGUAAAACAACUUAUUAAAGAAAAACGAUUUGAUGGCGUUGCUUUGCUAUUUACCAGCGAAAAUGAAUCUGAACGUAACGUAGACUGCCUAAAGACUGUUGGCAUUGAUCUGUACCAUCAUGUUUGCGUACCCAAUCUCACAACGCAAGUUCACGACGAACAACUGCCGUUAUACAAUUGUGUAGAGGAAUUAUUAUAUUUAAUUGCAACCUACGGGCCGAUGGAGGAACUAUUGCUCGAGCUAUUAGAACUUAUUGAAGAACAGAAAUCAGAGUAUGUAUUCUCUUCAUCAUUGCGCGCUUUACAAGGGGUGUUACUCCGAAUGGGUGAGAAGAAACCGCGUGCACUUGAAUGGAGUUUGAAUUCUAUACACACGCGUAUCGAAGGAUUACCACUGCCGAAAUAUCUACGGGAAGGUUAUGACAAGAAACAAGGGCGACUACUUGAACAAAAUGGAGAAAUUGAAAAAUUAUUGAUGCAUUAUAUCACGUUAAAUCUCUUUUACGAGCCACUAUUAAAUGAUAUGCUCUCACACCAACGUCCACAUGAGCAACAAUUCUUCGAUACGGGUAUUAAUAGGCGUAAUGUACUCUGUUGUUUCUUGAUACAAAUGCUUGGAAAGCCAUUAGCGUUAUUGGAUUUAACAGUGGAUCAACGCAGGACGAAUACAUAUACAAUACAAUGUGCUCGAAAACUAACUGAAAGUGCCACUCAUUGUUUGGUAGAUCCAUUACGUCUACUUUCCGUAGGUGAGCAGCGUGUGCGUUGGAAACGUCGCUUGGAUGGCGAGAAAGGUGUACAUGAAAUGAGUUCAAACAAUAUAUUUCUUAUAGAAGAAAAAUUGCCUUUAGAGUCUUUAGCAAUUUAUUUUUAUAUGUUGUUGGUCGAAGAAGUUAGUUUGAAUUCUGUGCCAAAAAUUUAUUCACCACUUUACAUAUUUGAAGCAAGUUUAUAUUAUGUAAACGAGUUAUUGGCUCAUGGAGAACCACCAUUGUAUGAACGGGCGCUUCUGCUGGCAAAGCGUCUGUGUGACAAUCUUUCCUCUACAAAAAUUACUGCUAUUUCCUUGCAGCUUGAGGUGCACAAAAAUUUUUGUAAUUCUCUCUGCAACAUUGUUGGCUAUUCAUCGCAGAAUUUCCUAAGACAGAUCGGCGUUAAACUCUUACGCCAGUAUAUAUUACAGUUUGAUGAUGAGGGUAGAUAUUUGGUAUUAAAAAAUCUUCUGCGAACAGUAGCGCACCAUGGCAUCUCAGGCUAUCUGGCUAUAUUGUAUAAAGAUUUGGUAGCAAAUGCUCUGGUUUCAGCAAAAACCGAUUUACCCUCAUCUUUUUCUGGCAAAGAUUUUCACACAAUCUUCUUACAAUACAUAUGCCGCUUACCACAAGGCGCGAAAACUGACCUUAUCGAGCAUGCUGACAAAGUGAUUUCCUCGCUAAACGCCUUACGAUUUUUUACCAUUAAAGAUUUACAUAAUCGCACGGGACUCUGGGAUAUAAUGCCGGAGAUAGAGAAACAAUUCCUCGACCCACUACGUAAAGGAUUGGAUAUAUCUGUGGCACAUUAUAAGGCCGAGUUGAAACGUGUGGAAUGUGGAUUAGAUGAUGAAGCAGAGGCAGAACGUAAAAGUUUAGAAAUCCUGGAUAUAAAUAUAGCCAAUGCCACGUCUGAAAGUGGAAACUUGGAUGCCGAUUUGACUCGUCAACGUAAAAUUGAAAUACUGAAUCAAAAUCUGUGUACAUUUGAUCUGAUACGAAGUCUCCUAGGACGCACAGUUGAGUGCGUUGAGAGCUCGAACAGAAUGUUGAAGAGCGCAGAAAUCUGACGUAUUUGUAUUUAUAUUAUUUAUUAAAAAAAAAAACAUUAAAAUAAAACUAAUAUUUAAAAUAUA